AUGAGGGUCUCUCCCACCCCCACGUGGCCCCAGUGGUCGAGUCCUUUUAAAGGGCCCGCUGGGUGGUGCUCUCGCUCGGGGCUAGCUCCGGGAGUGCGCACGUGUGGGAUUUCGGCUAUUCCUGCCGUGGAGGAGGGUGGUGCAGGAGGGAGUGGGCUGUCCACGCUGGAGCCCGGAGGCCCCGGGAAGCGGAGCGCUUUCCACCUGUUCUCGGGCGCUUUUAUUUCCAGCGGAGAACGGGACUUUGGAGGAGCGCGGAAAGUGCCUCUUGUGCUCCCCAGGGAAGAAGGUGGCGGGGCUGGGAACGGACACGUGCAGCCGCCCUGGAGGAGAAGACUGGCUUGCAGCCCUGGGACUGCCCUCGCCGUCGCCUGGCUGCGGACGGACGCGAGUGCUCGCAAUGUGGCUAGGAGGCUGGGGGAUGGGGACGAGGCUGGAGACGCUGGGACCGGGGGCCGGGUGGGGGUGGAGACCUGCCCCGGCCAAGGGAAUGUGCUCCGGGAGGAGGCUGCUGAGGCCACGGGCCUUAGAAAUGGGGUCAGAAAUGGUCAGAACCUCCUUCCUCUGGGUGGAUUGGCCUCUGAGGCCAGUGUCCGCUUGAGUGUCGCAUAUGGGUUCAUGUAUUCCGAGGAGGAGAUCCGGCAGAAGGUCGGGACCUUCCGGCAGAUGCUGAUGGAGAAGGAGGGAGUACUGACCAGGGAGGACCGGCCUGGGGCCCACAUUAGAAAACUAGUAGUAAACAGUGUCGGCAUCCCGGCCAGUGAGAAGGCUCAGUGUGUAGAGGUGUUUACCAUCACGCCUGAUGUCCUGAGUGUGAUCCUUGGGACCGAUGUAGUGGAUAAAGAGAAAAAAAUCCAGCCAGUCAUCCUCUGCCUUCUACAGCCCCAGCUCACUAGUACCCACCCCUGUGUCCACAGCUGUGGGAGUGCUUCCCCCCUGCGCAAGAAGAAGAAGGGUGUAAAGAAGCACCGUAGAGAUAGGUCUGAUUCUGGGUCCCGGAGGAAGAGGCGAUACAGAUCUCGAAGCCUCAAGAGCAAAAGAAAAGAGAGAAACAAAGAACGCAAGAGGCCUCACACUGAAUCCCCAGGCCGGAGGGCUCACCACCACAGCAGUGUCAGUUCCCACUGCCCCUCGAUGACCUCACACUACAGCGAUUCCGGAUCACCCAGCAGGCUGAGCCCCAAGCAUCGAGAUGACGGGCGGAAGACGGGCAACCAGCGAUCCAGCGGGAGCCGGUCGCCGUCCCCAUCGGGCGGCAGCGGAUGGGGGUCGCCCCAACAGAACGGAGGCAGCAGGCAGCGGAGCGGAGCGCACGGGGGCCGCCCCGGCUCGGCGCACAGCCCGCCCGAUAAGCCUAGUUCGCCCCGGGCCUGCGACAAGGUGGCCGCCGCGCCCACGCCGCCCGCGCGUGGGAAAGACAGUCAGAGCCCGUGCUCCGCGCCGUCGUCGCAGGGCCGCGGGGGCCGCGCGGCGGGAGGGGCGGCCAGGCGCCGUCGCCGGCGGAGGAGGAGGCGGCGAUCGCGAUCCUCGGCCAACGCGCCCCGCCGCAGGGGACGCCGGCGUGCCAAGCCCGCGCCACCCCGGGGCUCGUCCCGCUCGCUCAGCGGGGCUCACUCCAGCAGCGAGUCGGGUGGCGGCGCGCCGGGUCCAGGGCCCGAACCGGGCUCGGAGAGAGGCCACAGCGGCCACGGGAAAAGGGCAAAGGAGCGACCCCCACGCGCGCGGCCCACAAGCACCUCGCCAUCUCCAGGCGCGCACGGCCGGCGGGGUGGCCCGGAGGGUAACAGCUCAUCACGCAGCCCUGGCCCCCAUCCGGGGUCCUGGAGCUCCAGCCGCUCACCGUCCAAAUCCCGCUCACGCUCCCCAGACAAAAGGACCCGCAGCCCCAGCCUCUCCCCGUCGCCCAAGAAACCUCUUGGCCGGGACAAGGACAGCGAAGGCCGUGCGAGGCAUGCCGAGGCUGAGGCCGCCCGCACCCGACGUCGCUCCCGCAGCUACUCGCCGAUCCGAAAGCGGCGCCGAGACUCGCCCAGUUUCAUGGAGCCAAGGCGCAUCACCAGUGCCCGAAAGCGUCCCAUCCCCUACUACCGACCCAGCCCCUCCUCUUCCUCCAGCUGCUUGAGCAGUGACUACUCCAGCCGGAGCCACAGCCGGAGCCCAAGUCCCGGCCACAGCCACGGAAGCUACAGCAGCCGCAGCCACGGGACUCGCAGCCGCUCAUGCAGCGCCUCCCGCAGCCGCAGUCCCAGCUACCACAGCAGCUCCGAGAGUGGGGGCUUCUAA